UAACAUGCGUCUGUCUUGUUUUUCAGUGGGGAAGACUUCAUUGAUUACCAGGUUCAUGUACGACAGCUUCGACAACACCUAUCAGGUGAGGCUAGACUACAGACACAAUUUAAUCUGGAUAUGAUAGUUAGGGCUAGGUUUAUGACGUCAUUGGUCUCAAUGCCUGACCCUAGUCCUGGUCCUACUACAGCGUCAGCAGGCUUUUACUCCAGACCAACACUAACACACUUGAUUCAGCUAGUCGGUCUUUAUGAAUAGCCAUUUGAGUCAGGUGUGUUAGUGCUGGGCUUGACUGCACUGUAAAAAAAAAUUAUAGUUUCAACUAAUUUAUUAUUAUUAAGUAACUGGUUCCACAGCCUUUUUAUUUUAUUUUUAUUCAACUGUUUGGUAAGUGUUACCUGAACUUAAAAUGUUUAGUUGGCCAAAACUUGGCUCCAACUUAUGCUGGAAAAGGCAUUGUUCAUCACCAAACUGUUCUUGGAUGGUUGGGAGAAGUUGCUCUCGGAGGAUGUGUUGGUACCACUCUUUAUUCAUGGCUGUGUUCUUAGGCAAAAUGGUGAGUGAGCCCACUCCCUUGGCUGAGAAGCAACCCCACACAUGAAUGGUCUCAGGAUGCUUUACUGUUGGCAUGACACAGGACUGAUCGUAGCGCUCACCUUGUCUUCUCCCGACAAGCAUUUUUCUGGAUGCCCCAAACAAUCAGAAAGGGGAUUCAUCAGAGAAUGUUUUACCCCAGUCCUCAGCAGUCCAAUCCCUGUACCUUUUGCAGAAUAUCAGUCUGUCCCUGAUGUUUUUCCUGGAGAGAAGUGGCUUCCUCGCUGCCCUUCUUGACUCCAGGCCAUCCUCCAAAAGUCUUCGCCUCACUGUGCGUGCAGAUGCACUCACACCUGCCUGCUGCCAUUCCUGAGCAAGCUCUGCACUGGUGGUUAGCCAAAAAGAACAUCAAGGAUAUCAACCACCCGAGCCACAGCCUGUUCACACCGCUAUCAUCCAGAAGGCGAGGUCAGCACAGGCGCAUCAAAGCUGGGAUCGAGAAACUGAAAAACAGCUUCUAUCUCCAAGGCCAUCACUGUUAAAUAGCCAUCACUAGCCGGCCUCCACCCAGUACCCUGCCCUGAACUUAGUCACUAGCCGGCUACCACCCGGUUACUCAACCCUGCACCUCAGAGGCUGCUGCCCUAUGUACAUAGACAUGGAAUCACUGGUCACUUUAAUAAUGGAACAAUAGUGACUUUAAUAAUGUUUACAUACUGUUUUACUCAUUUCAUAUGUAUAUACUGCAUGCUAGUCAAUGCCACUCAGACAUUGCUUGUCUUAAUAUUGAUAUCUCUUGUUUUUUUUCCUCAUUUCUUUUAAAUGUGUGUAUUUGUAUUGUUGUGAAUUGUUAGAUCCUACUGCACUGUUGGAGCUAGGAACACAAGCAUUUCGCUACACCCACAAUAUAAUCUGCUAAAUAUAUACAGUUGAGAGAAUGUCAAGAAUGUGCAAAGCUGUCAUCAAGGCAAAGGGUGGCUACUUUGAAGAAUCUAAAAUAUAUUUUGAUUUGUUUAACACUUUUUUGGUUACUACAUGAUUCCAUAUGUGUUAUGUCAUAGUUUUGAUCUCUUCACUAUUAUUAUACAAUGUAAAAAAAGAGUAAAAAUAAAUAAAAACCCUUGAAUGAGUAGGUGUGUCCAAACCUUUGACUGGUACUGUAUAUAUUUAGCAGAUGAUAUUGUGGGUGUAGCGAAAUGCUUGUGUUCCUAGCUCCAACAGUGCAGUAGGAUCUAACAAUUCACAACAAUACAAAUACACACAUUUAAAAGAAAUGAGGAAAAAAAACUAGAAAUAUAUCAAUAUUAACACAAGCAAUGUCUGAGUGGCAUUGACUAGAAUGCAGUAUAUACAUAUGAAAUGAGUAAAACAGUAUGUAAACAUUAUUAAAGUCACUAUUGUUCCAUUAUUAAAGUGACCAGUGAUUCCAUGUCUAUGUACAUAGGGCAGCAGCCUCUGAGGUGCAGGGUUGAGUAACCGGGUGGUAGCCGGCUAGUGACUAAGUUCAGGGCAGGGUACUGGGUGGAGGCCGGCUAGUGAUGGCUAUUUAACAGUGAUGGCCUUGAGAUAGAAGCUGUUUUUCAGUCUCUCGAUCCCAGCUUUGAUGCGCCUGUGCUGACCUCGCCUUCUGGAUGAUAGCGGUGUGAACAGGCUGUGGCUCGGGUGGUUGAUAUCCUUGAUGAUCUUUUUGGCUAUCCUGUGACAUCGGGUGCUUUAGGUUUCCUGGAGGGUAGGCUAUGUGCCCCUGGUGAUGCGUUGUGCUGACUGCACCAGCCUCUGGAGAGCCUUGCGGUUGUGGGUCGUGCAGUUGCCGUACCAGGCGGUGAUACAGCCCGACAUGAUGCUCUCAAUGGUCCAUCUGUAAAAGUUUGUGAGGGCCAAGCAACAUUUCUUCAGCCUCCUGAGGUUGAAGAGGCGCUGUUGUGCCUUCACCACGCUGUCUGUGUGGGUGGACCAUUUCAGAUUGUCAGUGGUUUGUACGCCGAGGAUCUUGAAGCUUUUCACCUUCUCCACUGCGUUCCCGUCGAUGUGGAUGGGGGUGUGCUCCCUCUGCUGUCUCCUGAAGUCCACGAUCAGCUGCUUGUUUUGUUGAUGUUGAGGGAGAGCUUAUUUUCCUGGCACCACUCCGCCAGGGCCCUCACCUCCUCCCUGUAGGCUGUCUCGUCAUUGUUGGUAAUCAGGCUUACUACUGUUGCGUCGUCUGCAAACUUGAUCAUUGAGUUGGAGGCGUGCGUGGCCACGUAGUCAUGGGUGAACAGGGAGUACCCUUGUGGGGCCCCUUUGUUGAGGAUCAGCGUAGUGGAGGUGUUUCCUACCUUCACCACCUUGGGGCGGCCCGUCAGGAAGUCCAGGAACCAGUUGCACAGGGUGGAGUUCAGACCCAGGGCCCCAAGCUUAAUGAUGAGCUUGAAGGGUACUAUGGUGUUGAAGGCUGAACUGUAAUGCGAUGGCAAUUGCAUCAGCUGUGGAUCUAUUGGGACGUUAUGGAAAUUGAAGUGGGUCUAGGGUGUCAGGUAAGGUGGAGGUGAUAUGACAUAAGUGAGUGCUACGGGGCGAUAGUUAUUUAGUUCCGUCACCUUUGCUUUCUUGGGUACAGGAUCAAUGGUGGCCAUCUUGAAGCAAGUGGGAACAGCAGACUGGGAUAGGGAGAGAUUGAAUAUGUCCGUAAACACUCCAGGCAGCUGGUCUGCGCAUGCUCUGAGGACGCGACUAGGGAUGCCGUCUGGGCCGGCAGCCUUGCGAGGGUUAACAAGCUUAAAUGUCUUACUCACAUUGGCAAUGGAGAACGAGAGCCCACAGUCCAAGAGCCCACUGUGUUAUCCUCAAAACGGGCGAAGAAGGUGUUUAGCUUGUCCGGCAGCAAGAUGUUGGUGUCCGCGACGUGGCUGGUUUUCCCUUUGUAAUCCAUGAUUGUCUGGAGUCCCUGCCACAUACAUCUCGUGUCUGAGCCGUUGAAUUGCGACUCCACUUUGUCUCUUAUUUGGGCACCUUCACUAAAAAAGUAUGUGGAACUAGUUACACACACAAUGCUUUUGACAUACAAUGUUUUCAACUUAAAUAUUUGACACAUGUUGACAUGCAUGAUUACAUUGUGCAUGUUCAUUUUAUACAGUAAUUGUUAUUCAACAUGUCUGAGCCGACAAGGUGAAAAAUCUGUCUGUGCCCUUGAGCUUAACCCUAAUUUGCUCAGGGGUGGAUGACCCUUUCACUUCACAGCAUUCCAAUCUUCCUGCUACGCCACCAUGUCUGUGUCUAUUAUCAGUUAAUCUGACUAUUCUCUCAUCAUUGAUUUGAUUUGCUCAUUUCAGCAAUUUGGGGGUUUUCUGUAUAGUUGUCUAAUGUUGUGUGGCAUAUUACUCUGUUUUAAUGUUACUCCUUAAUCACUAUGAUAAAUAAAAUAGUUUUACUUGAAUGUAUUUUUAACAGAGCCGAGAUUUACUUUGAAUUGCAAAGUGUAGCAAAUAUAGGUGAAAUCAGUCAUUGACACAUACAUGGUGGUGUAGCAGGAAGAUCGGUACGCCGUGAACCAAGAGAGUUCAAAUCCCAGGUGAGGACAUGUCGAAUAAUAAUUACUGUAUAAAUUAAUAUGCGCUCACUACAGAUCCCGGCUCGAUCCUGGGCUGUGUCACAGCCGGCCGCGACCGGGAGACCCAUGAUGCGACGCACAAUUGUCCCAGCGUCGUCCGGGUUAGGGGAGGGUUUGGGCAGCCGGGAUGUCCUUGUCCCAUCAUACUCUAGCGACUCCUGUGGCGGGCUGGACGCAUGCACGCUGACACUGUUGCCAGUUGUACGGUGUUUCCUCCGACACAUUGGUGCGGCUGCCUUCCAGGUUAAGCGAGCAGUGUGUCAAGAAGCAGUGUGGCUUUGCAGGGUCGUGUUUCGGAGGAUGCAUGGCUCUCGACCUUUGCCUCUCCCGAGUCCGUACGGGAGUUGCAGCGACGGGACAAGACUGUAACUACCAAUUUGGAUAUCACGAAAUUGGGGAGAAAAGGGGGUAUAAAAAAAAUAUAAUCAUAUUUUUAAAAAUGAAUAUGCACAAUGUAAUCAUGAAUGUCAGCGUCUGUCAAAUAUGGAAGUUGAAAACAUUGUAGCCUGUCAAAAGCACCGUGUGUAACUAGUUCCACAGCCUUGUUUAGUGAAGAUGCCCAAAUAAUAAUUUCUAGUUGAAGGAACAUGAGUUGAGCGCAAACAUCAUUUAAAGUUGACUGAAUUUUUGCCUACUUUUUUUCAAAGUUGGAGCUAAUUUUGGCCCAACUAAAUAAGUUAAGUUCAGCUAACACUUUGAUCGAAAAGUUGAGUAAACGCUGUGGAACCAGUUACUUAAUAAUAAUGAGUUUAACUUUUUUUUAAGUGUAUAGGCAAUAUGUUUGUUCCUUCAUUUCAGUUUAGUUUAACUACAGUACUAAAGCCUUUCCUUAUCAAUCUACCAUCAUAAUUGUUAGGAGAACAUUGUCUCAUUCUCUUCAUUCUUUUACAUUUCCAGGCCACAAUAGGAAUAGAUUUUUUGUCAAAAACCAUGUACCUCGAAGACAGAACAGUAAGUUUUACUUUCUCUUUUUUAAAUUCCAUGAAGUGCUAAUAUGCUGAUUUGUCAUAAUAUACUGAUUAUGAGUGGAAUUGGUUCAUAUUUAAGUGAGUCUGUGUUAGUCAUGACUGUGGCAUUAUGUUAUCAUUUUACUGAGUAAUGUUACAUUUCAUUAUGGUGAUUUUGAAAAUGUCUCCCUUCAAUCCAGUCUCAUUGAAAUUAAAAGAUGUACCCAUUCACUGGCACGCACGCACACCCCCCCCACCCAAUCACACAGGUCUCUGAGUCCGUACUGUAUCCUUGCCACUGGUGGUUUCUGGGACUUUGGGGAUCCUGGGUAUCCUGUGACCUGAUUCUGUCUGCUCUAACGGUGUCUUUUCCUGGCCCAAGUUCACACACUAGAACCUUAAAGAAGCCGGAGAGUCGUCCGGGCCUGGGAUUGGAGCCUACCUUGUAUCUUCCUUCCUGCUAGCUUUCUCUCCUCCAGACAAACUCAUGCUUUUCUUCCCUUUUUCCCAUCUGCUCAUAUUCUCUUCAUUCUCAUGUUGAAAUUAAACAUCAAGCUUGAACGAGUGAAGAACGUUUCAGCUUGAACGAGGGAAGAAGGUUUCAGAAAUGAGGCCUAGUACCCAUGAUUCCCCUGGCCCUCACCACUCCUCCUAUGGUCACACACUCCCUGCAUGCAGCCCUCGCUUUCUCGCUUUCUCUCAUAAGUUGAUUCAGUUUUAUUUCUUUACUCUUUAUGGUUUCUUACCUCAUGUUUUUUUGCGCUCGUUUUCUCUCAUUUUCUUUUCAUCCUUUCUUUUUCCUUUUCCUUUAUUUCUCCUCCCAUCCGCCACAGAUCAGGUUGCAGCUGUGGGAUACGGCUGGGCAGGAGCGUUUCCGUAGCCUCAUCCCCAGUUACAUCAGAGACUCCGCCGCCGCUGUUGUAGUAUACGACAUCACAAGUAGGUACUCCCCUCCGCGCCCCGCCCACUCGACGUGCGUGCGUGACCCUCCCCACCCCUCCUCAACCCUCGUCCAGUUCUCCCCUCUCUUACCACCACCUCUUCCUCUCCUCCCCUCUUGCCCCUCUCCUCCAUCUCUCCCCUUCUCCUUCUCUCCCUGUGUGCUGGUGCUAACAUGCUGCUCAGGUGAGACUGCAGCUUUGGGACACAGCCGGCCAGGAGCGCUUCCGGAGUCUGAUUCCUAGCUACAUACGAGACUCCACCGUGGCCGUGGUAGUCUAUGACAUCACAAGUGAGUGCGGCCCCUAUUGAUGGAAAAGUGAUGGAAGGAUGCCGACCAAAACAGAAAGAUGUCCUCAUUUUUCACCGCUGGCUCAAGUCCCUCUUAUUUUUUUCUGUUUUCCCAUCCUCCUUUUCAUCCUUCCAGAUAUCUUUUCUCCCUUUUUGUCCCCUUUUCUUGUUUGUUGAUGUUUUCCUCCCACUCUUUUUUUGUAUGCGAGUCCAAUUGGACACAUUCUUAAUUUUUUAAAGUUAACUUUUUGCAUAAUUGUUGUCUGUGAAAGCUUCUCUGUUUCUGUAAUAAAUAGAAAAAGAUUAGACUAAUCUGUUUAUUGAUACUAGGAGCGCAAAGCAUUCGGUAGGAUAUUACAUGCAACCCAAUUAGGCUACAAUAUCAGUCGGUUAAAUCUAUAAUACUAAAGAACUAUUGAAUUAAUCAAUAGUCUAGUGGUUUCCUAGAUUUGUGGUCAUGAAUACAUGAAUGGCAGAUUUAUCAUCUUGUUUUCCCCCAACAGAGCAACCUCAUCUCUUUUCAAGCUUUCCUUUUUAUCUUGAGUUCUCUGUGCCUAUCGUUCUUAAUGUCUGUUUUUUUCCAUUAUGGCCACCUAUGACUUCCUAGUUCUGUUGUCACACAUGUACAAAAGAAUGGAAUCUCUUAUUGGUUUCAUUCAAAAUAAUUGAUAUUGGCAGCUUUGAUGUUGCUUCAGAGGCCUAUUUUGCCACAAUAUGAAAUAACAUAUUUCGGGAAUUGCAGGCUUUCAAUGUAAUGUUCAGAGAUGUCACCUUUUUCACGUCUCCCCUACCAUGUGUGUCUGUGAGGACCGUUAGGGGGGAGAUACUGUGUAAGGAGACAUGGAGCUGCAGCAGGGCUAUUUAACUGGAGGAGGAAGUCUGUCUCUUCAGAAAAACAGACACCACAUCUAGCUUGACAGACGAGAGGAUAGACAGUAAGGUAGAAUACAAGGAUAUGGCUAAAUAAUAAGAGUAGCCUAGAUGGAUAAAUAGAAAGGAAAUGGGAGCUGGAUUUACUUAGUUUAAUGAUACAUUAUUUGUUGUCACUGUCUCUAUAUUUGCACUGUCUUUCUGUCCUUCUGCUCAUUACCAUAAUUCAGUACUUGUCACAACAUGGAGAUUAACAUUGAACUCCCCAUCCCUCUCUCCUCUUGCAUCAGACGUCAACUCUUUCCAGCAAACCACAAAAUGGAUUGAUGAUGUCAGAACGGAGAGAGGAAGUGAUGUCAUCAUCAUGCUGGUGGGAAACAAGACUGACCUUGCAGACAAAAGGUGUGACAUAAUAACGGAAGGGUGAUGUCAGUGUAGAGUGUCAGUAAGCCUGUGGAGCUCUUCAGUCCUCCUCAGACCAGGUCCUGGAGGGCUCUCUCCAUUAGAGCAUACUAAUGAUUUGACUGAUUGUUACUGUAGAGUGAUUAAGACUGGCGCCACAGUGAGUUCCUGACUGAGACCUUUAGGCCCUCCUGUGUUUAGCGAGAGAAACACUGCCGUUUAGGGACAGCAGAGCAGGGACUUAUAAGCCUUGUCUCUUGGUACAGGCUCUCUAGAGACAGAUCUGGCUGGGGUUGAAUAGUCCACAAACAGAGACAGCCUUUAGAGCUCAGCAUGGGCUAGAAUUAUUUUAAGUAUUCAGAGAUUCAACAGAUCAUUGCAUGUCUCUUGAGUCAUGUCUUAUCCAUUUGUGUGUUCAAACAAUUGUGAUAACGAAACCGCCCUUUUUAUUUUAACACAUGGUUUGCCACUAUAACCCUCUGCUUUUAUGCCUUAAAACAACUUCUUUGUACUAUACCAAUUUUUUUUGUGAUUGAUUGAUGCUGUCUACAGCAUGUCAAAUUAUUGACAUGCUGUAGAUUCUCUAUGAACUGACCGUAAGCUGCUGUUCUGCGUGUUUAACCCUCUUAUCUACCACAGGCAAGUUGCUAUUGAAGAGGGUGAGAGGAAGGCCAAAGAGCUAAAUGUAAUGUUUAUUGAGACUAGUGCUAAAGCAGGAUACAACGUCAAGCAGGUGAGUGUGUGUGUGUGUGUGUGGCUGAGUCGUGCUCUCCGUCCAUGCUGCUACUGCCUCCGCUCACUCUUGAAAAGGGCACUCAUCACAGUCAGAGGUUUAGGGUCAAAUGCUACAAUAAUGAUGGAUGGGAAGGUCUAGUUAAGCCCAAACCUUAUAUGGAAUAUGUAAGGUCAUUAGAAUUUGUGAAACCGCUUGCACAGGCACAUUCUAUAAUACCCAUUGAUUGACCGUUUUAGAUUUAAGAGCCUUUCAUUUGAAUCCUAUGUGGUGUAUUGAACCUGGAGCUAAGUUGGUGCUCUGAGGUGUUUUAGAGAGAGUCUGGCUGUGUGGGCACUUUUAGACGGAGCAGAGGUUGCAGCAGCGAUAGCAGGAGGAAACACGGCAUGUUCAUCAUUCACUUCAUGAUCUUCACUUUUCUUUUGUUUUUUCUCGUUCAUGUGUUUUUGUACGUAUGUGUGGGUACCUGUGUGUGUCUGUUGUUGUGGGACAUUGCAGACAGAUAACCACAGAGGAAGGGGAACAGCGAGCCAAAGAGCUGAAUGUUUUGUUUAUUGAAACAAGUGCAAAGACAGGCUACAAUGUCAAACAGGUAGAGCGCAGCAUGGGUGUGUGUGUGAAGUGUGCAGUGCUCAUGCUCUCUUAACGCUGGCUUGCUUUACACUAAAUGGGAUCCUUGGAUUAGUCUCAGAACUCUUGCCCAUCCAUCCCAUGUUGACCAUAAUAACUAAAGACCAGAAUGUUCCCCCAGGCACACUGGGACAGACCAUCCACUUUGGCCUUAGGUCUGGUGGAUGGGAUAUACAGUGGGGAGAACAAGUAUUUGAUACACUGCUGAUUUUGCAGGUUUUCCUACUUACAAAGCAUGUAGAGGUCUGUAAUUUUUAUCAUAGGUACACUUCAACUGUGAGAGACGGAAUCUAAAACAAAAAUCCAGAAAAUCACAUUGUAUGAUUUUUAAGUAAUUAAUUUGCAUUUUAUUGCAUGACAUAAGUAUUUGAUCACCUACCAACCAGUAAGAAUUCCGGCUCUCACAGACCUGUUCGUUUUUCUUUAAGAAGCCCUCCUGUUCUCCACUCAUUACCUGUAUUAACUGCACCUGUUUGAACUCGUUACCUGUAUAAAAGACACCUGUCCACACACUCAAUCAAACAGACUCCAACCUCUCCACAAUGGCCAAGACCAGAGAGCUGUGUAAGGACAUCAGGGAUAAAAUUGUAGACCUGCACAAGGCUGGGAUGGGCUACAGGACAAUAGGCAAGCAGCUUGGUGAGAAGGCAACAACUGUUGGCGCAAUUAUUAGAAAAUGGAAGAAGUUCAAGAUGACGGUCAAUCACCCUCGGUCUGGGGCUCCAUGCAAGAUCUCACCUCGUGUGGCAUCAAUGAUCAUGAGGAAGGUGAGGGAUCAGCCCAGAACUACACGGCAGGACCUGGUCAAUGACCUGAAGAGAGCUGGGACCACAGUCUCAAAGAAAACCAUUAGUAACACACUACGCCGUCAUGGAUUAAAAUCCUGCAGCGCACGCAAGGUCCCCCUGCUCAAGCCAGCGCAUGUUCAGGCCCGUCUGAAGUUUGCCAAUGACCAUCUGGAUGAUCCAGAGGAGGAAUGGGAGAAGGUCAUGUGGUCUGAUGAGACAAAAAUAGAGCUUUUUGGUCUACACUCCACUCGCCGUGUUUGGAGGAAGAAGAAGGAUGAGUACAACACCAAGAACACCAUCCCAACCGUGAAGAAUGGAGGUGGAAACAUCAUUCUUUGGGGAUGCUUUUCUGCAAAGAGGACAGGACGACUGCACCGUAUUGAGGGGAGGAUGGAUGGGGCCAUGUAUCGCGAGAUCUUGGCCAACAACCUCCUUCCCUCAGUAAGAGCAUUGAAGAUGGGUCGAGGCUGGGUCUUCCAGCAUGACAACAACCCGAAACACACAGCCAGGGCAACUAAGGAGUGGCUCCAUAAGAAGCAUCUCGAGGUCCUGGAGUGGCCUAGCCAGUCUCCAGGCCUGAACCCAAUAGAAAAUCUUUGGAGGGAGCUGAAAGUCCGUAUUGCCCAGCGACAGCCCCGAAACCUGAAGGAUCUGGAGAAGGUCUGUAUGGAGGAGUGGGCCAAAAUCCCUGCUGCAGUGUGUGUGCAAACCUGGUCAAGACCUACAGGAAAUGUAUGAUCUCUGUAAUUGCAAACAAAGUUUUCUGUACCAAAUAUUAAGUUCUGCUUUUCUGAUGUAUCAAAUACUUAUGUCUUGCAAUAAAAUGCAAAUUAAUUGCUUAAAAAUCAUACAAUGUGAUUUUCUGGAUUUCUGGAAAUUACAGACCUCUACAUGCUUUGUAAGUGGGAAAACCUGCAAAAAUCGGCAGUGUAUCAAAUACUUGUUCUCUCCACUGUACAUGUUUAAAAAAUAAAAUAAAUCCUCACCCCAGGUUUGAUUUGAAGUGAUUUCUCCGACCAGUAUCAAAGGAUUAUAUUUAAAUAAUUAGAUCUGCAUGAUCUUAAACUCCUUUCCAGCAGGUAUGGGAUGGUAUUUAACCCUGAGGAGGAAAUGUAUAUGUUUACUGCUGUCCACCUUAAACCAAUUGACAUGUAUUUAAUUCAAUGCCUCUAAUGACCAGGGUUGUGACGGUCAUGGAAUUUUGGAUGACUAAUUGUUCAGCCAAAUGACAGCCGUCAUCGUAAUAACCGCUUGGAAUAGCAAAACAAUUCACAUUUUCUCCUCUACUCCACUCCUGACUGCAUGUGCUGCUGCUGCAGGCUAGGUUGAAGAUAACAAAGGUUAGGACAAGUCUAACAGAACAGAUAGAUAGCAAUAAAAACUGAAACAUAGAGGCUCAGAAUAAAUUAGAGGAAAAACUAAAAGAAAUGGAGAAACUUAUUCAAGAAAGAUCAAGUGUAAUAUAUUAUCAAAAUAAAGCAAACUGGAUGGAAUAUGGGGAAAAAUGCAUCAAAUUAUUUUUUUAUAAUAAUAAUAUGCCAUUUAGCAGACGCUUUUAUCCAAAGCGACUUACAGUUAUGUGUGCAUACAUUUUUACGUAUGGGUGGUCCCAGGGAUCGAACCCACUACCCUGGCGUUACAAGCGCCAUGCUCUACCAAUUGAGCUACAGAGGACAAUUUUUAAAAACAUUUUUUAUCUUCAACAUAGGAAUGCUACCAAAAAGAAUUUAUUGAAACUGGUUACAAAUGACGGAGUCACCCAUGAUUCACCAAAUUAUAUUUUGAAGGAGGAAACAAAGUACUUUAAGCAUAUGUUUUCGUUUCAGUCGCCACCAUCUCCUCUAACUGAAGCAAAUUGUAGAGAUGUUUUUUCUAUUGAUAAUGUAAAAUUAACAGCCAUACAGAAAGACUCAUGUGAAGGUGAAAUUACAGAGGAGGAACUUCUGGAUGCAAUUAAAUACUUUAAUUCUGGGAAAACUCCAGGGUUGGAUGGCAUACCAGUCGAGGUAUACUAAACCUUUUUUGAUAUACUCAGAGGACCUUUAUUAGCAUGUUUUAACCACUCCUAUGUAAAUGGUAGAUUAUCAGACACUCAAGAAGAAGGUCUGAUUUCAUUAUUACUGAAACAGGAUACAAGUGGAAAAUAUGAAGAUCCAGUCCGUAAAAAAAAUUGGAUGCCCCUUACACUUCAGUGUUGUGAUGCAAAAAUUCGAGCAAAAUGUAUGGCGCAUAGAAUUAAAAAGGUAUUGUCGGACAUUAUUCAUUCUAAUCAGACAGAUUUUUUACAUGGGCGAUACAUUGGAGAUAAUAUAAGGCAAGUACCGGAAACAAUAGAACACUAUGAAAAAUCUGGGAAACCAGGCCUACUAUUCAUAGCAGACUUUGAAAAGGCACUUGAUAAAGUACGACUGGGGUUUAUAUAUAAAUGCCUGGAGCAUUUCAAUUUUGGACAAUCUCUUAUAAAUUGGGUUAAAAUCAUGUAUAGCAACCCUAGGUGUAAAAUAGUAAAUAAUGGCUAUUUCUCAGAAAGUUUUAAACUGUCGGAGUGAAACAAGGUGGUCCACUAUCGGCAUAUCUAUUUAUUAUUGCCAUCGAGAUGUUAGCUAUUAAAAUCAGAUCCAACAAUAAUAUCAAGGGAUUAGAAAUCCAGGGCUUAAAAACAAAGGUGUCAUUGUACGCUGUUAAUUCAUGUUUUCUUUUAAAUCCACAACUUGAAUCCCUCCACAGCCUCAUAGAGGAUCUAGAACAUUUUCUAACCUCUCUGGAUUACAACCAAAUAAUGGUAAAUGUACUAUAUUACGUAUUGGAUCACAAAAAAAUAAAAAUGCAACAAAUAUUGUGGUUAAACUCAAAUAUACAGUGGGGGAAAAAAGUAUUUAGUCAGCCACCAAUUGUGCAAGUUCUCCCACUUAAAAAGAUGAGAGAGGCCUGUCAUUUUCAUCAUAGGUACACGUCAACUAUGACAGACAAAUUGAGAUUUUCUUUCCCAGAAAAUCACAUUGUAGGAUUUUUAAUGAAUUUAUUUGCAAAUGAUGGUGGAAAGUAAGUAUUUGGUCACCUACAAACAAGCAAGAUUUCUGGCUCUCACAGACCUGUAACUUCUUCUUUAAGAGGCUCCUCUGUCCUCCACUCGUUACCUGUAUUAAUGGCACCUGUUUGAACUUGUUAUCAGUAUAAAAGACACCUGUCCACAACCUCAAACAGUCACACUCCACACUCCACUAUGGCCAAGACCAAAGAGCUGUCAAAGGACACCAGAAACAAAAUUGUAGACCUGCACCAGGCUGGGAAGACUGAAUCUGCAAUAGGUAAGCAGCUUGGUUUGAAGAAAUCAACUGUGGGAGCCAUUAUUAGGAAAUGGAAGACAUACAAGACCACUGAUAAUCUCCCUCGAUCUGGGGCUCCACGCAAGAUCUCACCCCGUGGGGUUAAAAUGAUCACAAGAACGGUGAGCAAAAAUCCCAGAACCACACGGUGGGACCUAGUGAAUGACCUGCAGAGAGCUGGGACCAAAGUAACAAAGCCUACCAUCAGUAACACACUACGCCGCCAGGGACUCAAAUCCUGCAGUGCCAGACGUGUCCCCCUGCUUAAGCCAGUACAUGUCCAGGCCCGUCUGAAGUUUGCUAGAGUGCAUUUGGAUGAUCCAGAAGAGGAUUGGGAGAAUGUCAUAUGGUCAGAUGAAACCAAAAUAUAACUUUUUGGUAAAAACUCAACUCGUCGUGUUUGGAGGACAAAGAAUGCUGAGUUGCAUCCAAAGAACACCAUACCUACUGUGAAGCAUGGGGGUGGAAACAUCCAUGCUUCGGGGCUGUUUUUCUGGACGACUGAUCCGUGUAAAGGAAAGAAUGAAUGGGGCCAUGUAUCGUGAGAUUUUGAGUGAAAACCUCCUUCCAUCAGCAAGGGCAUUGAAGAUGAAACGUGGCUGGGUCUUUCAGCAUGACAAUGAUCCCAAACACACCGCCCGGGCAACGAAGGAGUGGCUUCGUAAGAAGCAUUUCAAGGUCCUGGAGUGGCCUAGCCAGUCUCCAGAUCUCAACCCCAUAGAAAAUCUUUGGAGGGAGUUGAAAGUCCGUGUUGCCCAGCGACAGCCCCAAAACAUCACUGCUCUAGAGGAGAGCUGCAUGGAGGAAUGGGCCAAAAUACCAGCAACAGUGUGUGAAAACCUUGUGAAGGCUUACAGAAAACGUUUGACCUGUGUCAUUGCCAACAAAGGGUAUAUAACAAAGUAUUGAGAAACUUUUGUUAUUGACCAAAUACUUAUUUUCCACCAUAAUUUGCAAAUUAAUUAAUUAAAAAUCCUACAAGGUGAUUUUCUGGGAUUCUUUUUCUCAAUUUGUCUGUCAUAGUUGACGUGUACCUAUGAUGAAAAUUACAGGCCUCUCUCAUCUUUUUAAGUGGGAGAACUUGCACAAUUGGUGGCUGACUAAAUACUUUUUUCCCCCACUGUAUGUAUGUGUGUGUGUAUGUAUACAUAUAUAUAUAAACAUAUACAUAUAUACAUACCCAUAUGUAUAUGUGUGUGUAUGUAUGUAUGUAUGUAUGUAUGUAUAUAUAUAUAUAUAUAUAUAUAUAUAUAUAUAUAUAUAUAUAUAUAUAUAUGUGUAUAUAUGUAUAUGUGUAUAUAUAUAUAUAUAUAUAUAUGUGUAUGUAUAUGUGUAUAUAUAUAUAUAUGUGUAUGUAUAUGUGUAUAUAUAUGUAUAUGUGUAUAUAUAUGUAUAUAUAUAUAUAUAUAUCUAUAUAUAUAUAUAUGUGUCUUCUCUGUGUCCUCUGUCUCGUUGUCUCUCUCUGUCUAUGUGUCUAUCUCUUCUCUGUUUCUCUUCUCUCUCUAUCUCUCAUCUCUCUCUCUCUCUCUCUACUCUCUAUCUCUCUGUAUGUAUAUAUGUGUAUAUGUAUGUAUGCAAGGAAAACAAACACAUGGGGGAUUGGAAGUGAUGCAGACAAUUACAUUGAUGGAAGUUACAAUCUAUCUGAAAUAUUAAAGCUGAUCUACCCCCUAAAAAAUACAAAGGUUAGGACAAGUUAUUAUUCCAUGUGGCAAAUAAACUAGCAUAGCUUGUCCCAUUGUGGGAUAUUAGAAUCCUUUUGUCUUUUUUCAUCUUCAACCUAGGCUGCAGGGAGGGGUGUGAUGCCUAGGCAACCUAAGACUUUACAACACCUUGCUUGUUUCAGCAAGGAGCAACGUUGUAGAGUCCAUGUUACAGCAGAAACCGACUCAACCGUGCAAAUGCCCGGCCGUCCCGUCUUCAGCCAGCUGUUCAUUCGACAAAUAAAUAUAUUUCUUAGUUAUUUUAUUUUCAUGACAGUCUUCAUUCAUAACCGUCAGUUCCAUGGUAAUUGUGCCAGCCCUACCAAUGACAAUGUGCUAAGAAGACUGAGAGCACACAAAGCUGCAGGCCUGAUGUCAAGGCAGGAAGGUUGGAGUGUUCUGACUCUGACAGACAAGGUCUGUUCUCUCUCCUGCAGCUGUUCCGACGUGUGGCUGCUGCCCUCCCUGGCAUGGAGAGCACACAGGACAAGAGCAGAGAAGACAGUAUCCUUACUCUACACAGAAACACGUGUGUGACUGACUAUGCAUGUUUUUCAGUGGCAAUAGUAGAUUGUACUCAGUGGCAAUACAGAUUGUAUUCAAACAUUUACAGACAACUAUUGGCUAGCUUGUAAACUUAUUGAAACAUAUUGAGAAGAUGCAAAGUGUUUGAAAAUACUUCGUGUUCCUGUCUGAGCUCUUUGAGUUGGUCCUUAAUCCCUCCUCCCCCAGUGAUUGACAUAAAGCUGGAGAAGCCCCCAGAACAGCCCAUCAGCGAAGGAGGCUGCUCCUGCUAACUC